AUGCCAAGCCUCAAAACGAUUGAAAACAAGUCAGAGUGCUAUGCUUCCCUCAAUAAAAUUGAAGAGGGGCAAUGUAGAGAAAACAAUCCUCUAGUAAGAUCACGUGAAUUUAGAAAACAAUCAUCUUUAGAAGCUAGAUCUCAGUAUGGAUCAUUAAUUUCUGAAGUAAAUUUAAAACCAACAGAUUUACGUGAAGGCUGUAACACUAUACAAAAAUCAAAGCUACAAAAAAUUGAUCCUGUUUACGCGAUAGAAGCUGAUGGAACUAUUAAAGAUACACCUCUUGAAGUUUGGACUGCUUUAAAUAAAUUUGGGUACAAAACUUUUAGAGAAGGUCAAGAACAAGCUAUAAUGCGUAUUCUCUCAGGUCAGUCAACUCUUUUCAUUUCAGCUACUGGUUCUGGGAAAUCUCUGUGUUAUCAAUUACCAGCCUAUAUUUUUGCAAACAAGAAGAAAUGUAUUACUUUAGUUAUAUCCCCUCUCGUAUCUUUAAUGGAUGAUCAAGUGUCUGAAAUUCCGGAAUUUUUGAGUGCCGCUUGUCUACACAGUAAUCAAAGUGUUAAGAUACGUCAACGUAUUUUACAAAAUUUGAAAGAUGGCAAGUUAAAUAUGUUACUAUUGUCUCCCGAAACAAUAGUUGCAGAAGAUAGAUCGAAUAAUCUUGGAAUUAUGUUUCGUGACAUGCCUCCCAUAGCCUUCGCUUGCAUUGACGAAGUACACUGUAUCUCUCAAUGGUCUCAUAGUUUUCGACCAUCAUAUUUAAUGAUUUGUAAAGUACUGAGAAAAUCAUUAGGCGUGAACACAUUCUUGGGUCUCACAGCAACAGCAAAUUCUUUUACUACUAAAAGUAUAAUAAGUGCUUUAGAUAUUGAAGAUGAACUACAAGGCGUGUUAAUGUAUAAUUCUUUACCUCCAAAUUUAGUUUUGACAAUUUCAAAAGACGAGAACAAAAAUGAAGCUUUGAUAAAGCUUCUAAAUUGUGAAAGGUUUGAUAAAAAUAGUUCUAUUAUUAUUUAUUGCACACGUCGAGAAGAUUGUACCAAGUUAGCGACAUUUCUUCGUACUUUAUUUCAUAAUGAUAAAUUAAGUAACCACACUUAUAGUAAUUCUGAAGUAUUAAGUGCUAAGACUUUUGAUACUGUCGAAGUAUAUCAUGCAGGAUUAUCAGCUUCUAGACGUAAAAUAGUUCAGAAAUUAUUUAUGCAAUCAAAAACGAAGAUUAUUGUGUCCACUGUAGCUUUUGGCAUGGGCAUUAAUAAAUCUGACAUACGAUCUGUUAUACACUAUAAUAUGCCAGCAAGCCUGGAACACUAUGUUCAAGAAAUCGGAAGAGCUGGCCGGGAUGGUCGUCGAGCUACUUGUCAUCUUUUUCUCAAUUCAAAGGAAAAUUCAGAUUUGUAUGAAAUACAACGCCAUAUUAAUGCAAAGGGUAUAGAUAGACAAACCUUAAGAGAUUUGAUAAAAAAAAUAUUUAUCAGAUGUGAUUGUGUUCGGCAAGAUGACAAUAAUUCAAAAUCUCAAUGUUUAGGACAUGAUAUAUUUUUCUCUGUACAUGGAGCUGUAAAAACCUUAGAUCUCUCAGAAGAAAUGAUAACUACUCUUCUCUAUUAUCUUGAACUUCAUCCAAAAAAAUUUAUUAAUGUUUUUCCUUGUACUUAUGUGAUUGCUGAAAUAUCUAGUAAUAAUAUCCAUACUUUGGAAGAGGCUGCUGAAUUUUCACCUCUUUUAUCAGCAGCAAUUACUUUAUCGAAAGAAAAUAAUACAUUUUAUAAAACAAGUUCAACUGUUACAGUAUCAAUACCUGCUCUUGCCCAGAAGAUGGUAAUGAGCAUUGAAGAUGUCCUUAUCCAUUUAAAGAAACUAGAAAAUACACCUGUUGACUGUCAAACAGUUCUUGCAAACAUUUCAGUCGCAUAUCGUACGUUAUGCUUUCGAGUUCGAGCUCCUGGUGAUUUUGAUGAAACUGAAUUGGAUGAAGCUCUAGAAUCGUUAUAUCAAAAAAAUUUAUCACACUUACUGCUAUGUCAUCGUCAACUUCAAUAUUUCUCUAAAUUAUGUCGAGAAUUCAGUUCCAGCUCAGUGAAUGAAUGUUUGACAUGGGAUAAUAGAAUUCAAGUGCAAUCAGAACUUCUUAAGUAUAAUGUAAAAAAGUACUUUGAACCAUCUGGUGUUACAUGGGAUUCCACAUCAUCUCCUGAAAAGAUGAGAGCCAUCAGAGAGAUCAUUGCUUCUCACAGCACUUACAAGCAAGCUCGCCAACAGUUGCUAGAGGUACCAAUCCUCUCAAGUCCUGAAAAAGACUUAUGGUUCCUAAGGAUCGACACCCGUGUCUAUUCGUUCUUCGAUCGCUGCAUUUUUGGUUGA